CGUGUCUGGUAUAAAUUCAGGCUGCGGAAGACGAAGUCUGUCCAGAUACUGCAGCAUCCCUACAAGGUUCACUACACACCUUUCAAGUCACAAUCAUGUCAGAACUCGGUGUUGGAAUUAAUGGAUUUGGCCGCAUUGGUCGUCUGGUACUUAGGGCCUGCCUCCAGAAGGGAAUAAAAGUCACUGCCAUCAAUGACCCUUUCAUUGACCUUCAGUAUAUGGUUUACAUGUUCAAGUAUGACUCUACACAUGGGCGUUAUGACGGUGAUGUGCACGCUGAGGAUGGCAAGCUGGUUGUCGGCAAUAAUGUCAUCUCUGUGUACCAAUGUAUGAAGCCAGCUGAGAUCCCCUGGGGAGAGGCAGGAGCGCAGUAUGUGGUGGAGUCCACUGGAGUCUUUCUGAGCAUUGAAAAGGCUUCUGCUCACCUGCAGGGCGGUGCUAAGCGUGUGGUCGUCUCAGCCCCUUCUCCUGAUGCCCCCAUGUUUGUGAUGGGUGUCAAUGAAGACAAGUAUGACCCUUCCAGCAUGACCAUUGUCAGCAAUGCUUCGUGUACUACCAACUGUCUGGCUCCCCUGGCCAAGGUUAUCCAUGACAACUUUGGAAUUGAGGAGGCACUAAUGGUAGGUAGUCUUGUCAUCUUGUGCUUUUCUUACUCCUCUGUAGAAACUUUUAAGACAGUUUCUUCUGCUGUUUUUCAGACCACAGUCCAUGCUUACACAGCCACCCAGAAGACAGUGGAUGGACCCUCUGCUAAAGCAUGGCGUGAUGGGCGUGGUGCACACCAGAACAUCAUCCCAGCCUCCACUGGGGCUGCAAAGGCUGUUGGCAAGGUUAUCCCUGAGCUCAAUGGGAAGCUAACAGGUAUGGCAUUCCGUGUGCCUGUGGCUGACGUGUCUGUGGUGGACCUUACCUGCCGCCUCUCCCGACCUGCCAGCUAUGCAGAGAUCAAGGAAGCAGUGAAGAAGGCUGCCCAUGGGCCAAUGAAAGGAAUCCUGGGAUACACAGAGGAUGCUGUUGUGUCCUCUGACUUUGUUGGAGAUGCCCACUCCUCCAUCUUUGAUGCUGGUGCAGGCAUCUCCCUCAACGACAACUUUGUCAAGCUCAUUUCUUGGUAUGACAAUGAGUUUGGCUACAGCAACCGUGUGGCUGACCUGCUGUUGUACAUGCACUCCAAGGAGUAACGUUCCUGCCCUCUGAAACACUGUCUCUAAAGGAACCUCCCACUCCUUUCACACAAGCAUAGCCAUGACAUAGUCACUCCCUGUUCUGUACAAGGCGAGUUAGUCACUGUAGUCUGUGUGACCAAGUGGUUUUUUUUUUAUUUUUAUUUUUUCCCCUUUAUAAAAGUUCCUCAUUAAGGCAGUUUUGACUUGGAAGUAUUUGUCUUUGUGAAGCCCAAAAGCAUUGUCAUAGGUGUUUCCAUACUGGGUGUAACCAUCUAAUAUUGCUGUUAAAGACUGAAAUAAGUUGAGAAAAACAAGCAGCUCUAAUAGAGGUAAACAAAGGUUAAUAAAACCCAAACAAAGAUCCUUCA